AUGCCGGCAAUUUCAAGAUACACCCAAACCUUCAUAGCACCUUCAGCGAAGAGCAGAGUAAUGGUGUCGAAGAAGGGGAAGCUGGAAACCAUGAAUCUCUCAAAAGAUGCGACGAAGUUCUGGACAGGUAAGCCUUUCUGAAACCGUAUUUAUGAUUUAGUGCCGAAAUUGAAGAAAUCGGUCAAAAACACGGUCUGUGCAAGUUUUACAGUCGCUCCGAGAAAAUGUGAUGCCGACCAGGUAAUGUAGCCCACAAAGAACCAACGGUAGUAACACAGGGUUCGACGACGAAGUCGAGGCAACCAAUAAGAUCUGAUGGAUCACGACGAGCAUGAAUAAGAUUUUUCUUAUUAUGUUUUUGGACUAUAAAGUUACGUGUUGCGAAAACGUUUUUGUGCCGCUAAUCGUUUGUUACGCCUGGGAUAUUUUGGAGAUGUAUAUUAUCUUUAAAAUUACGUUGUUUUCAGUUUCAAGUGUUGAAUAUAAUGGAUGAGUCCAUGGAGCCCGGCCCAUCGCGCUGUGACCCAAACACUGAUUCUCCAUCUAUCGAAGUGUCUAAAGAAAAUGUAAGUUUUUCUCUUUGUCCUUAAGUUUUAGGGGUCCAUCGUUAUGUGGUGUUUGUGUGGAACAUCCUAGCGGGCGCUGUGAAGAAGAAAUCUGGAAAUUUCACAAUAGCAAAAGGCGCUUGUAAAUUUAUUAUUGCAUCGUUUUGCAGGAAUUGAGGGAGAAACGCAAGAAAGGGCUGGAGAAAGCGCGAGCAAAGCUGGAGCAGAGGAAACAAAGGAAGAUAAAGUUAGCAGAGAGCAGGUGGAAAAUUGCAAGACAGCGACGUCUUGCCAGACCAAGCCCACCCGAAUCUCCAACUCCUCCAGUUCUUCCUCAGCCGUCUGAAGUUGAAGUCCUCAAGAAACAACUUGUUCAACUUACGCAGGAAAAUACGCAGUUGCGUCUGCGGAACAGCGAGUUGGAGAAGAAGUUGGAGAGGGCCGAAAGCGCGUCGGCCCUGAACUCGCCAACGAAGAGAAAGAAUAUAGACGAGCUAGGCUUGAACAUGAAACAGCAUUGA